AUGGUGACCAACUACGGCCCGCACCCAUUUGAUCCAAUAAAACCAGAGGAGAUUAAGCUCGCCGUGCGCAUCCUUGAGGCGACCUUCCCGGGCGUCUCUUUGCGCUACAAGCGUAUUGAUGUCAAUGAGCCUAUCAAGAAGAAUGUUAUCGCACAUAUCGAAGCAGAGCGUCUACGGCGACCACUGCCCCCACCUCCGGCCCGUCUUCUCUAUGUGCUGUUCCACCGCCUGGACACCGGCGCAUUUUACAAAGCUAUCCUCAAUGCCGGCAAGCGUACCAUUGUCUAUGCCAAGGAGCUUCCCAAAGAGGUUCAGGCAAGUGAAGUCCUCUCCCUGAAGCGAGCCCUAGACUUGACUAACGGUUCUACUUCAAAGGGUCCCAUUGAUAUCGAUGAAAUUACCGGAAUCGAAGAGAUGUGCAUGAAGCACCCUGCGGUAUUGGCAGAGAUCGAGAAAUUGCAACUACCCGCGGGCAUCACUGUCUGUAACGACCCUUGGAUGUAUGGCACAGAUAGUGGUAACGAGGAUCGACGGCUCUUUCAAUGCUUCAUGUACAUGGUCGAAGUGGAUCACCCCCAGAACAAUCACUACUCUCUGCCUUGCAAAUUCUCACCGGUAUUUGACGGUCUAACUCAUGAGUUGAUCCGUAUGGACUACCUACCCGGCGGUGCUGAUUUUGAGACUACCUCUACCCAGCCUUGGAAGCCUGUCAAGACAGUUCAGUACGCGCAUGACCUCUUGAACGAGCCCCUUCGCACCGACCUCAAGCCCUACAUCGUACAACAGCCCGAGGGUCCUUCAUUCUCGGUGGAUGGUUACUCAGUCUACUGGCAGAAGUGGCGCUUCAGGGUCGGUUUCAACGCUCGCGAAGGCUUGAUCAUCUACAACGUUACAUAUGACAACAGAAACGUCUUUUAUCGUUUGGCUAUUUCUGAGAUGACUGUUCCCUAUGGAGAUCCUCGAGCCCCCUACCACCGCAAGCAGGCGUUUGAUGUUGGUGACACUGGCUUUGGUAUGAAUGCCAAUCAGUUGGCUCUUGGAUGUGACUGUCUCGGCCAUAUCAAGUAUUUUGAUGGUUACCGCAACGACUCCAAAGGAAACCCACUGCAGCUGAAGAAUGUAAUUUGCAUGCACGAACAAGAUAACGGUUUGCAGCACAAGCACACUAACUACCGGUCCGGUGCUGCUACCGUGGUGCGCAACCGCCAGUUGGUUCUGCAGAUGAUCUGCACUGUGGCCAACUAUGAGUAUAUCUUCAACUACAUCUUUGAUCAAGCCGCCAAUGUUGAGUUAGAAGUCCGGGCCACCGGCAUUCUUUCCACCGUCCCGUUCGACAACGAGAAUGGUGAAACCGUCCCAUGGGGUACUAACGUUGGUCCUGGUGUUAUGGCCCCCUUCCACCAGCAUAUGUUCUCCCUGCGAAUUGACCCUGCUAUUGAUGGAUUCAAGAACACCAUCUACUAUGAAGACAGCGUCCCUAUGCCAGAGGACGAGAAGAACCCCUACCUUGUGGGCUAUACCUCUGAGUCAACGGUGAUGCGCACGGCAGGCACAGCGAACACCAGCGUUGACCGCCACCGUGUCUUCAAAAUCCGCAACGACAACAUUACCAACCCAAUCACCCAUAGGCCUAUUGCAUACAAGCUGAUGGCUGCUCCCAGCCAAAUGCUUCUGGUCAGCAAGAAUGCCCACGGCUUCCGCCGUGCGGAGUUUGGCACAAAGCCGAUCUGGGUCACCAAGUACCAGGACGAUGAACUGUACGCUGCAGGCGAGUUCACGAACCAAAGCCGCCGCGCCGAGGGAGUCGAGACUUGGGUGCGGCCAUUCGGUCUUACCCACAAUCCCCGCAUUGAGGACUUCCCCGUGAUGCCAAUGGAGCGCAUCAGCAUCAUGCUGAAGCCCGAUGGCUUCUUCAAUAAAAACCCUGCUCUUGACGUUCCACAAUCCUCCCAAAUGUUCAACAAAUCUUCACUCCAUCCCGAGGAGCUGCCUGCUGCCUGUUGUGCUGGAGCUUCGUCUGCUGGCUCCAAGGCCAAGCUGUACAAGCGCGUUGGCUAG